AUGCUUUUCCUUUGGGAGUGUGGUGUGGAGAGUGAUUGUCACUAACGAAUACGGCUGCUAGGAGCUAGGUGUUCACACUGAGGGGUGCUGGGGAAGAUGGCUAGUGCACGCCGUCCUCUGUGGCUGUGGUGGGUUUUGAGAUGGACUCUACUCAGACUGACAUUUGACAAAGGGUCCCGAUUCUGUCUUCUGUAUUCAAGUCUUGCCGGGGAGUGCCCAGGUGCAGUGAGGAGUAAAGCGGGAGAUGAGGGUUCCUGAUCAGCUGGGAGGUGUGGGUGUCCCAUCUGGUGUAGCCUGAGCCUUGAGAAGGUUGGCUUAAUGUCAUUGAUUUUAAUGGCAGGAAGGGAAAAUCACAGGAACAUUGUGCUUCCCUAAGAACGUCUCCUUUCUACCUCCCUUCCUCUGAGACUUCCCAGUAAAAAGAGUUAUUAUUUUUCUGGCUUGCAAACUCACCUAACUGAGUGCCUGUCUGUUUCUCAUUCCUGAAGAAUCAAAUACAGGGGGAGAGAGAAAGUGUCCGGGCUGCGUUUCAACAAAUGCGAGCCACCCUGGACUCUGAGGAGAGGACCCACCUGCAGAAGCUGCAGACAGAGGAGCAAGGUGUUCUGAAUGGCCUGGCCGAGUCUGAAAAGGAGCUGGCCCAGCAGGCCCGGGAGGUGAGGGAGCUCAUCUCAGAUGUGCGGCACCGGCUGCAGGGGUCCACAGUGGCCAUGCUGCAGGAUGUGAAGGACAUGCUUAGAAGGAGUAAGGUAUUCACUGUGAAGAAACCAAGAACUUUUCCCAAGAAACAGAGGACCGUGUUCCAAGCUCCUGAUCUGAAAAAGAUUCUACAAUCGCAGCAAGCUCCUGUGACACUGACUGCAAGCAAAUAUCCAAAUGUUGCCGUUUCUGCAACUAAGAGACAAAGAAGGACAGCAAAUAAUCCACUGAGACUAGUGAAAUUGGGUGAAAGCACCCAGGCCUCACGACCCGUCAAUUCAGGGCAGUGUUACCGGUAGAAUAACAGGGUCUGGGAUUAAGUGAUCGAGCAUACUUCAACACCUCCUUUAACUGCAGUGCUCCAAAUUAUCAACCUAAACUUGAUGCCUGGGUCACAGGGCUGCAGAAUAAAUUUCAGUGUAAUGAUUUGAGGUAUCUGACAGCUCUAAUCCCUGGACUGUGGCCUUUUCCCUGCCUCCAGGUCGUGUUGAAGUUUCUUUAGACUCAGGCCCAUACUCUCACUCUACAGUGUGACAGACCAUGGGUUUCUCACCUAUAAAUUUCCUGUUUGCCGUUUCUGGUAAUGGUUUUCCAUUUUUCAGUCUUGGGGGGAGUUCAGAGCCUAUGACAUUAUGUGGGCCAAACCCUUAAACUUUCUUACACCCUCUCUCUCUUUCCCUGCAUGCAUCUGGCCGAGGUGUGCGUCUCCCGCCUCUGAGGGGCCUGCUCCAUUUUAACCACUUGACCUGCUGUCUCCGGGGCUCAUUUAAGGUCCCAUUUUCAAUACUACUGCAGUUUGCUGUACACACUGUUCUCACAAAUUUAGAGUGUUGUGUGUGGGGUAAUUCUGGUAUUACCACAUGUUGGUCCCUAUAAAAUACAGUCUGUGGGAUUCAGAUGACUAUUUGUAAAAAAUAAAUACAAUAAUAAAGAGAUAAUAAUAAUGAAAUUUAUCUCAUAUACCAUUGUAAAAACCAAAAAAUAGACAGGAUUUAUAGCUAGUCAUCUUGAGCCUGGCACACGAAUAAUAAUAAUCUAUUUUGGUGUCUUAAUUAUUGGCUCAUUUGCAUCUGAUUAAAAUAAAUUAUUUUAAAGCAUAUGUGUGGGCUGGGGAUACAGCUCAGUGGUACUGGCCCUACCUGGCAUGUGAGGGGUCGUGAGUUCAAUUCCUGGUACCAAAAAUAUUAAAAAUAAACAUAUGUAUCACUUCACUUACAAAUGUGUCACUCCCAGUUCUGUUUUAAAAAUAGAAUAUAGUUAAA